UGUAACCAACUCAAAAGCACGUACACUUGACGGUGGAACAUUAGUUUGGCGGAUCCCUUCUCUUUUGCCGCGUGAAUUGCCUUAGAUUCCACCACACGCUUGCUCGCAUAAAAAAAUUCAAAACCCACUAUAAAUAACAACACAAGUAACAACCAACACACCCCCAAGUCUUAAGUGAGUCAAAGUUAGAAGUCUCUCUCUCUUUCUGAAGAUGGACAUGGAUAUUGAAGAAGGUUGCCGGACGCCAAGACGUAACGGUUGUAUGAUUCCCACGGUGACAACGUGUCCGCCGGCACCGAAGAAGAAGCCAGCGGUUUUUCCUAUGAGGCAGCCGCCGCCCAAGAGUGGGUUCUUUAAGCCGCCUGACCUUGAACUCAUUUUCAGAAGGGAAGCUCUUGCUUAAUUAUUUCCUCUCGUUGAUAAAUUUUUGUAGAUUUCAGAACUUUACGAGUUUAACUUAGUUAUAUAGUUUCUCAAUUUUGAUGUCUAGUUCUUCUUGUCUUGGUAUUAUUAGGUAGAAUAGCUAGCAUGGUUGUAAAUUGGAAUUGUCUAGAACUCAUCAUGUAUAUAUAUUUGGUUUUUCUUUGGCUUAAAUGCAUUUGUUGCCCCUGAUGUAUCGUCAAUGUGCAAAAGAUAACCCGACUCUUUUUUUGUCGAUGUUUGUACCCUCAAUGUUUUGAGAAAGUAUAGGGAAUGCCCCUCCGUCAGAUCGACGUUAAAAAACUAACGGAGGGGCUGACGUGGAUUUUCUUUUUUUAUUUUUCUUUUAUUUCCUCAAAUGCCACGUCAUUAAAUGAAAAUAAAAACCUUGAAAAUUGGUUGGAGAGGUUCGAACCCAGGACCUUGUAAUGGCAAAACACACACAUUACCAAUUGAGCUACAUGGACAAUUGAUAUAUUUGACAACAUAAUUUUAUUUAUUUCAUAUAUCUUCUUCAUCUUCUCAACCUCAUGUAACAAAAUUCAUAAGUAUUCUGGUGAGAACCAUUUUAAUGGGUCUUUCUAGAGAGAAGGGAUCCAACUUCUCUCUAGGCCAUGAAGGGAGGAGAAUCAACGACCGGAGGGAGAAGCUGGAGUCUAGUAGAGGAAAUAAACGGUGGCGCUUUGACCAUGCGGCGGAACCGUCGUGGAGAAAACAGCACCAUGCUUCUACUCCGAGUAAUGGUCGAUAUAGACAGGUCUCCCAACAUUCCCACCAAAAACAGGGUCAUGGCAGUCAAAGGGGUAGUGAGCAUACUAUGCGUUUUUCCCCCACUACCUUGUUCAUAGAUGGUCUGACAGAGAAGACAUCAUACGAACAAGUGAAAAAUGCGUUCAAAAAAUGGGGGAAACUAUCUGGUGUUUUUGUGCAGAGAACCAAGAAAAGACACCGAAGGACAAAGUUUGGCUUUGUGCAUUUUGUGUCUAAAGAAGCAGCGGCAAGGGCAACUAGAAAUCUGAAUGGUGGAUCUCUAAAUGGUGCCACUAUUUCUGUGGCUGUGGCUAAGUACCCGACAAAUGCACAAGGGGAUACUCAUCCUACUGCCAAUAGGUGGACAAAUCAUGUAAGAAAAAGGGUAUGGAGGAGAAAAACAGAGCCAAUCUCCCAAGAAAAAGAGAGUUCCGACUAUUCUUGUUGUUACAAUACUAAACAAGAGGACCUGGAUAGAGUACAGAGGAUGGCAGUAGCAUCUCUCAGGGGUGUUCGCAAUAUAGAAGAAAUACAAAAUUUCUUAAUUGCAAAAGGCUACUCUAGAAUAAAAGUCAAGGCACUUGGGGCUAAGGAAGUGGUACUGGAAUUCGAGAAUAGAGAUGAAAUGCUGUCUUUCUUGCUCAAGGGUGUGGAAUGCCUUGCCGACAAGUGCGAGUGUAUAUCAGAAGCUUCAAUGUUGGCAAAACCAACUAGGCAUUUCAUAUGGGUAACACUGAGAAAUGUUCCUAUCGCUGCUUGGCAUACCAGAUUCUUUUCCUCAAUUGCAGGUUUAUUCGGAAUCUUUGUGUGUCUGGAUAAAGAAACAGAGUCCCAUUCCAGGUAUGACAGAGCUAGGAUGCUGAUAGUCUCAUCGUUACCGUCGUUUCAGAGUCGCUCGAUAAACAUCAAAAUUGAUGAAGAGGUGGUGGCAGUGGCUUUGGAGAUGGAUAUAAAGCACGAAUUUUGUGAACCCCCUUUCGCUGCAGAGGAAGUUUCCGGGUUUUCAUCUUCAGAAGGUAACAUCGCUAACAUGGCGGAGGCGGCGACCUCUGAUGAUUCUAGGGUUCAAGGGACCGAGGACAUUGACCUACCUUCUGCUACAUCUCCUGCGGCUCCGUACCUUGACGAGUCAGAGCUCAAUUGGUAA